AUGGCGAUACAUAGGGACGUAAUAACUUUCAUAUUUGGAAUUAUAGCAUCGGUUCUAUUAUUUGUAAUAGGGGGCAUGUUUGACAAUCUCAGUUAUAUAUUGGGUUGCUAUACCUUCGUAGGAUUUCUUUUAACAAUAUAUACUAUAUUCGCUUUCCUAAUACCAAACACAAAAAAGUCAAGAGAUUUUGUUUUUUCUUAUGCAGUAAGUACUGCAUGCAUGUUUGUAUUAUCCUUAAUGGUUCAUAUUGUAAUAACAGAUCGUCAUACUAAAAUCAGUUGUGAACAGAAAUCAAAUAAUUGCGUUAAAUACGUUUUUGCUUCUGUAUUUGGAUUUGUUUCAUCCACGUGUUUCUUAGUUACAUCAGUAUUAACAUUUAAAAUAGCUCGUGUUUGGUAG